AGACGACGGUCGAGUUGAAGCAUUAUUCAGCCCUUUCUUUCAAGCCUGAACAAACAUUAAACAACAGCCAUGGUUGAGUGGACUGAGAAGGAGCGCAGCAUCAUCACCAGCAUCUUUUCUAACCUUGACUAUGAAGACAUCGGCCCCAAAGCUAUCUGCAGGUUGCUGAUCGUCUACCCCUGGACUCAGAGGCACUUCUCCUCCUACGGUAACCUCUACAAUGCUGAGGCCAUCCAGAGCAACCCAAACAUCGCAGCCCACGGUGUUAAGGUGCUGCACGGUCUGGACCGGGCUGUGAAGAACAUGGACAAGAUCAAGGCCACCUAUACCGAGCUCAGCGUCCUCCACUCCGAGAAGCUCCACGUCGACCCCGACAACUUCAGGCUGCUAUCUGAUUGCCUGAGCAUCGUCAUCGCCGCCAAAAUGGGGGCCAGCUUCACACCAGAAACGCAGGCCGCCUGGCAGAAGUUCCUGGCCGUGGUGACGUCUGCUCUGGGAAAGCAGUACCACUAAACCCAGCAGCCUCCGCACCACCACACCUGAAGGAGAUCUAACGCCACAUCUGUUAUGUGUCUCCUUGAUAAAUAAAUAAAGGCAUGUUGUAGCAAAGUC